AAUGCCUCAUUGAAAUUUGUGAAGACACCUGUAACUGCAUACCAGCCUAUACAUACAUCUAUACAUACAUGCACUAGCUGCGCUCUAUAAGAGCAAGGGUUUUUUCUUUAUUCACUGUUCACCGUCCGAUUAACCGCUAGAUUUUCCGGCGACUUCACCUUCUCCGAGCCCUAAGGUUUGUAAUAGAUUCGGGAGGCAAAGAUGGCAUCCUCGGACGAAGAGGAAGAACGAGUGCCUCGAUGUGUGACUGAUUAUUAUUUUGAGGAUAAGCAGUCUGAGCCUAUAUCGUUUGCAGAGUUGCCUCUUCAGUGGCGUGAUGGUGAGAGCAUUGGCGGGAAAAUAGAAAGUAUUUUCUUAAGAGGGAAAGUAGAUAAUGGGAUUCGAAUCAUACAUGCGCCGGCUACUGCAUGGAAGUUUGACCUUUCAGAUUCAAAGCUCAAGAUAUUUGUGCUUUCUAAGGAUUCUUGGGUGAAGUUGCAAUCUCCCAAAAAGAGUUAUGCAGAAAAUUUUAUCAGGACCAUCUUGAUAACUUUGCAUGUGCUACAUUAUUGUAGAAACCACUCUAGAUCAUCAUUCAACAAAGCUUUGUUUGAUCACUUAUCUCAAGUUUACAGGUAUGGACGUAGGCCUUCUAAGGGUGAUUUAUUGAAUCACAUGGAUAUAGUUCGCGAGGCUGUUAAAAACGAUAAAGUGCUUGCGAGAUCGAAGCUUGUGAUUACACUUCUGGAUGAGAAGAAUGAGAAGGCCAAGGAAAUCAAAGCUUCAGCUGAGGAAGUUGAAGGAAGCUCUACGGAUGAUGAUGAUGAUGAUGAUGAUGAUGAUGAUGAUGAUGAUGAUGAUGAAUCGGUUACAGGAGUUUGUGAUAUUUGUGACGAUGGGGGCUUUAUUUUAUGUUGCGAAGGGGAGUGUCUGAGGUCAUUUCAUCCCACUGCGGAAGACAAUUGUAAAUCUCUUGGACUCGCUAGUGAUGAAGUAAAGGAUAUCUGCAAUUAUAUCUGUAAUAAUUGCAAAUAUAAACGGCACCAAUGCUUCAUCUGUGGAAAACUGGGAUCUUCUGAUAAAGAUUCUGCUGUUACAGAGGUGUUCCGUUGCGUCUCCGGUGAAUGUGGCCGAUUUUAUCAUCCUCUCUGUGUUUCCCAGCUGCUACACCCUGGGAGUGAAGAUGAGGCACAAAUGCUAAAAGAAAGAAUUGCUAACGGGGCAUCAUUCACUUGUCCUAUUCACAGGUGUUCUGUCUGUAAUCAGGGAGAAAUUGAAAGAGAUGAUCAAAUGAGGUUUGCCAUGUGUAGGCGUUGUCCAAAGUCAUACCACAGAAAGUGCUUGCCCAGGGAGAUCUCUUUUGAACCUUCGAAUGAUGAGGGCAUCAUAAGAAGAGCUUGGGAUACAGUUUUGACCAAGAAACGUAUACUAAUAUAUUGUUUAGAUCAUGAAAUUGACAUGUCUCUUGGGACUCCUAUAAGAAACCAUGUAAAGUUUCCAGCUAUGAAGAAGAAAAAUCAAGCAUCGAAGGGGCUUUUAAGUGGAGAGAAAGCUGAAUUGAAUAAGAAAACUCCAGCUCGAGCUACGAAUGCCUGCAGGGAGAAAUCUUCUGUGAAACCACCAAUUCAGACGAAUAAAAAGCCACCAGCUACUAAUUUGUGUACUCACAAAAGGAGUAUCUGCUUACCUGAAAGGCCUGAUUCCUCCAAAAAACAUAAAACGAGGGAUAUAAAGUCCUGUACAGAGGGCUUACCAACUUUGGGCGCCGAGUCAGAGAAGCGCAUAUCAGCUUUGAUAAAAGACGCUUCAUCCUUAAUUACAAUUGAAGACAUAUAUACAAAGCACAAGCGGCUAACAACUAAUGCCAACUCAUCUCAGAAUGCCAUAGACAAGAUUACAUUGGGAAAAGUGCAGGGUUCUGUUGAGGCGCUUCACGCAGCUUUACAGAAGCUAGAUGAAGGAUGCAGUAUUGAAGAUGCAAAAGCAGUUUGCGCGCCUGGGCUUCUUCGCCAAAUGACACAGUGGAAGACCAAGCUCAGAAUCUAUAUGGAACCAAUUCUACUCGGCACACAUUAUACCUCGCAUGGUCGCCACUUCACGAAAUGUGACAAGCUUCAAAAGAUAGUAGAUAUUCUCCAUUCUUAUAUUCAGGAGGAUGACAUGAUUGUUGACUUUGGUUGCGGUGCGAAUGAGUUUAGUUGCCUUGUGAAAAAGAAGCUUGAUGAUGUUGGAAAGAAGUGUUCGUACAAAAACUAUGAUAUCAUAUACCCCAAGCAUGAUUUUCACUUUGAGAAGAGAAAUUGGAUGUCUGUUCACCCAAGUGAAUUGCUGCCAGGGUCUCAGUUGAUUAUUGGGCUGAGCCCACCUUUUGGAGUUAAUGCAAGCCGUGCAAAUCAGUUCAUUAACAAGGCCCUCGAGUUUAAGCCGAAACUCCUUGUUCUUAUUGUUCCAUCAGAGACUGAAAGGUUGGAUAGGAAGACUCCUCCAUAUGACCUGCUUUUUGAGGAUAAUGAAUUGCUUGCUGAAAAGGCCUUUUAUUUGCCCGGAUCUGUGGAUGUAGAUGGCGAACAGAUGGAUGACUGGAACAGACCUACACCCUCACUCUACUUUUGGAGUCAUCCAGACUGGACUGCUAAACACAUGGCAAUUGCCCAACUGCAGGGCCACCUAUGCAGGGGACCGAAGGUAUCGUGUGCUGAGUUGUGUGAAGAUAUACCAAAGACAUCCACGCCGAGCAGAGAGUCAGACCACACAGCAGAUGUAUGUGAUGAUGGAACGAGGACACCGAGGCAAUCUGACGAGUUUUGUGCUGAUAAAAUCAAGACAUCCACACCGAGGCAAUCUGAAGCGAUAAGACGGCUUGAUUUGUUGGGAUUUGCUCCAGGUCCUUAUCGUCCUCAGCAGAAUAGUUCGGCAGGUUGGCUCGAUGAAUAGACGGGAUAGAACUUAAAUUUGUAACUAGUAGCUAUCUUUUGUAAUUGCUAUAGUCUUUUUCUUUUUGACUGAGCAGGUCUUGAAAAUUGUCUUGCAUGAUCAAGCUUCUUAAAUUUUAUUACUGCAUGAUCAAUCUGUCAACUUACUUUUUCUCUUC